AUGAAGAAUACAAAUCUGAAACACUUCCAAGAAUUUCAGCUUGAAGAACUAGAAUUGAAAGUGGUGGUAAUGGCGAAUGGAGAAAAUGAAAACGAACGUCAACAUUUGAGUAUGUUUGUCAGAAGCCAGACGAAAUAUGGCACGACUUCUGGAAAAUGUAUCGGUGGCAAUGUCCCGUUGGCUGAGAAAGCUACCAGACACAUCCGACAUAAUGUCAGUCCAGAGGACACUCUGAUGGGAAUAGCUCUGAAAUAUCAUGUCUCAGUGGAACAAAUCAAAAGACUAAAUCAGUUAUGGACGAACGAUAGUUUAUUUUUACGUCAACAUAUUUUGGUCCCCCUGCUUCCAACCAACCAAGAUAUUGUGCCCAAAGAGCUCAUAGUGGAAGUGUCAGACCGUUAUAACUCCAGUAAUGAGGAACAACCCAAAGAAACGUCACCACAACAAGUUGUGUCCACGGAAAGUGGAAUGGAUUUUUUAAACAAAUAUGAUUUAGACAUAGCGCAAUUAAAAUCCAAUUUGCAAAAAAUUGAGAAGGCAGCUGUGAGCAAUGAUAGACCAUAUGGAGCCUCAAUGAGACAGAGUCUUGGCUCGCCGUACGACCUGCCAACAGAUCCAGAUACACAAUGUUAG